AAAGGUUGCAGCUGAAAUUGCAAACUAUAAGUACCUGGAAAUAUGCUACAUAAUUGACAGGCACUCCUGGAAGGUAGUGGUGGGCUAACAAUGAAAUCUUAGUGGAUUCAAGCUUUUUCAGAAUCUCUAGCUCUUUAUAUUGAAAUCUUUUUAGUACUUGGUGAACUCAAAAUUGACAUGGCAAGAACAACUCAUUUGGCUGUUCUUAAAGUUCUCAUGGCUUUGAUAUUUGCUGCUUGGAUUUCUCUUUGGAUUCUCAAGCCAACUCAGCUUUGGACAAGAAAAUGGAAAGCAGCUGAAGAUUUAGCAAGGCCUACUUUGUUUGGAUAUUAUGGUCUUAAUUUUGCUGUGUAUACAUUCCCUCUUAUUGCUCUGGCUACUGUAGGGUCUAUCUACUUGAAUAUGAAGCCCAGAGAGCCAAUCAGGAGAGAAGGGAGGAGAGUAAUUGCUGGUUUCUCAAAUCCAUUGGUGGUGAACAGUCUUCUGGGAAUUUUAUCAAGUAUUGAAAUUGUUGCCGUCCUCCUCUUCAUGCUAUUCUUAGCUUGGACGUUCUAUGUCCGAAUUGCAAAUGAUUUCAAGAAAUUAAAGCCUGACAAAGCACUAAAACUGAAUCUAUGGCAACUCAAAUACCUAAGGGUGGCAACUCGGUUCGGUUUGUUAGCAGAAGCCUGCCUGGCUUUUCUUCUUCUCCCUGUACUAAGAGGGUUAUCCGUAUUUCGGUUACUUGGCAUUCAGUUUGAAGCUUCAGUAAGAUAUCAUAUCUGGCUUGGGACUACAAUGCUAUUUUGUGCUACUUUCCAUGGUGUAAGCACCUUGUUCAUUUGGGGUGUCAGCCACUAUAUUCAAGAUGAGGUGUGGAAAUGGCAGAAUACCGGGCGAAUAUACCUUGCUGGGGAAAUCAGUCUAGUUACCGGGUUAGUAAUUUGGAUCACAGCACUGCCUCAAAUAAGGAGAAAAAAAUUUGAGAUAUUUUACUACACACACCAUCUAUACAUGGUUUUCCUAGUGUUGUUCUUGUUUCAUGCCGGAGACCGGCACUUCUAUACCGUCUUCCCUGGAAUUUUUCUGUUUGGACUAGACAAGUUACUUAGGAUCAUACAAUCUAGACCACAAACGUGCAUUCUAUCAGCAAGAGUCUUCCCUUCUAAAGCUAUAGAGCUUAUGCUACCAAAAGAUCCAGGACUCAAGUAUACCCCAACAAGUGUCCUAUUUCUGAAGGUACCAAGUAUAUCUAAAUAUCAGUGGCACUCAUUCAGCAUUAUUUCCAGUUCUAGUGUUGAUGCCAACUCAAUGUCUAUCCUGAUUAAAUCCGAAGGAUCCUGGACAAGUUCUCUCUCGAAUUUGAUACAAACUGAGCAGAAGUCAGAUGCUGAUCAUAUGAAAUGCAUACCUGUUGCAGUAGAAGGUCCUUACGGACCUGCCACAAUGGAAUUCCUAAGGUAUGACAGCCUACUUCUUGUUGCUGGAGGAAUUGGUAUAACCCCGUUUCUGAGCGUCUUACAGGAACUUGUUGCAGCCCAAAACAGCGGCCGAUACAAAUUCCUACCUAGGAUGCAACUUAUAUUUGCUGUCAAGAAGGCCCAAGAUAUAUGUCUGCUGAACUCAAUUUCACCUCUAAUUUUCAACCAGCCAGCUGAAAAGUGCCAUCUGAAAGUGAAGGUAUAUGUGACUCAAGAAGAGCAGUCUGGUGUCACAGUAAGAGAAGUACUACUAAAUGAGUCUUCUCGAGUGCAGACAAUAAACUUUGGCAUCAAAUCUUCAAUUUAUCCUGUAACUGGACUUGAAAGUCCACUUUGGAUGGCUGCCAUAGCUGGAAUUUCCUUUAUCCUGUUUCUCAUCUUCCUCAUCAUUUUCAACCACAUUUUCAUUCCCUCCCAGAAAAAUGCUACCAAAGAAAAGGCUCCAUCUUCGGUUGCAGAUCUGCUUAUCAUAUGUUCUUUCAUCACAGUGUUAAUGUGCAUCAUCUUUGUAGCAUUUAUUAUAAGACGGAGAAGACUAAAGCGACAGAGCCCUCCAGUUUUCCCAAAAAAAGGCAAAGCAUUGGAAAUAAGUCCAACAGAAGCAAGGGAUGCUCUUGAGGAACAUGAAAUCCAUUUUGGAGGAAGGCCUAAUUUUGAAGAUAUCUUUGCAAAAUUUCCAAAUGAGACUGGUGGAUCUGAUGUUGGUGUCCUGGUCUGUGGACCUGAAGCUAUAAAAGAAUCAGUGGCAUCAAUAUGCCAGCACAAGUGUGGAGGUUUAAAAGUGGGUGCUAAUAACAAGCAGAAUGCCAAUUUCAGUUUUCACUCUCUCAAUUUUGCACUCUAGUCACAGACUUCCCACCAUAAAUUAUUCAAUACCAAUAAACAAAGUUCAGAAGAUAGUUAGAUUUUUGCAUCCAUAAGUAUAUAUUGAAAUAGUAGUUUGUUUCUACUGAUUGGUCACUUACGAUUGCUUGUUAGGCAUGUAAAUCGAUCAUGUCUCUUUGUAGUACAAUUUGAUCUUCAAAUUGUGAAGUGUGCUUCUGUCAUCCAUAUCUUUUUAACCCCAAACAACAAUUUGGGGUCUUGUACUCUUGUAGUAUAAAUCUGAACUUCAAAAUGUACGGGAUUGAAUUGUAUUCG